AAUUAAUCUUGAAGUCUUGCAUCCGUUCAUGUUCUGAUAUACUUUCCUAGUUUAAGCAUUCAUUUUUUCAAGGAUGCAUGCACCUGUAAUAAUGGCCACUGUCAUAUCGACAAAUGGGGACUAUAUAUGUUUUUUACCGUGUACUACCGACACAAAAGUUUUACUCCUACCAGCUAAUCGUAAGGGGAAUUUACACUAUAAAGAUGGAGUCAUAGAGCUAAGUCACGACUAAUUCUAUCAAUUUCCGUAUCCCACACUGUGAUAACAGGAUGGCACAGCUAUUGGAAACUAAGCAGCCUGUUUUAUCAACAGUACUGCCAGUUUUUAUACCGGGAAAAUAUAAACCGUGUAGCAUAAAGUUGGAUUUAUCAAGCCCUUCCUCACCUCCCAACCCACUGUUGAUUUUCACACCAUCCGAACAGGGCACCUACCCCGUCAUCUUGUUCUUCCAUGGCUUCUGCCUCUGUAACUACUUCUACUCUGACCUCCUCCAGCACAUAUCUUCCCAUGGAUUCAUAAUUGUUGCUCCUCAGUUAUGGAAUAUUAUCCCUCCUUGUGGAACGGAAGAGGUUGAAUCUGCAGCCAAAGUAGCAGAUUGGUUACCAUCAGGUCUGCCGUCCGUACUCCCUGGUAAUAUUGAGGCAAACCUGGUGAAGCUUGCUCUUGUAGGCCACAGCAGGGGUGGGAAAACAGCAUUUGCACUAGCACUUGGGUAUACCAAAACUACCCAAAAUUUUUCUGCACUAAUUGGUAUUGACCCAGUUGCUGGCACUACAUGUGGCCAAACUAAACCCAAAAUCCUGACCUAUGUCACUGGAUCUUUCAAUUUAUCAAUCCCGGUCACUGUCAUCGGUACCGGCUUAGGUCCUGAGUCCAAGGGCUGCUUGCCGUGUCCUUGUGCUCCUAAUGGGUUAAACCACGAGGAGUUUUUCAACGAGUGCAAGCCUCCACGCGCUCAUUUUGUUGCCAAAAACUACGGUCACAUGGAUGUCUUAGAUGAUAAUCCAUCGGGACUUGUUGGGAAACUUUCUGAUUAUACGUGCGUGAGUGGAAAAGGUCCUGGGGAUCUCAUGAGGAGAUGCGUUGGUGGUAUUGUUGUUGCAUUUCUGAAUUACUUUUUCCAGGGGGAGAAAGGGGAUUUCAUGACCAUUGUGAAUGAACCUUAUGUUGCUCCUGUGAAGCUUGAUCAAGUUGAGUUCAAUAUUUAACCGUACAACGGUUAUGCCAGAUCUUGAACGAUGUUUAAGCAGAUAUAGAUUAUAGACCGUCUCAUUUUUUUUUUUUUUUGAAUGGUUUGUAGACCUAGAUUGUUUGUUUGCAACAUGGCAAUUAUUUGUAGUUGCCUAGAAAUAGGGGGAGUGCAAGUGACGUAUUGUAUGCCAUCUAAAGUCACAACAUAAUUUGGGUUUAGAAUGCUGUCAAUGAAUAAAUACUUGGUCUACAAUCAUAUUUGUCAUAUCAGAUAGCUCAAUGCUUUCUUAUUAGUGAGAAGGUAUUGGAAACGUCAUAAGCGAUAAGAAUUAAGUAAUAUUAUAAGAAGAUUGUAAAAUGCCCAAGUUGUCUCCAAUCAACUAUAGAAUUUUUUUUUUAGCAAAAAAAAAAAAAAAAGCAAAAAACAAAAAACUUUUCGCCUUUAACUUUAAGCAUUCCAUAGCAAUGGAUUAAACAAACCCUUUCGCUCCGGCAAGUGAGCCCAAACAAAAAGAUCAACUUCCAAAUUUCGAUGUCUGAUAAAUUAUCUUACAAGUAUCUUUUCUUGGGCCAUUCGGCAGAACCCAUGAGAUCCUAUUGGACUUUCAUUUUCUCUUACAAGUUACAAUGCUGCCAUUGUGGGUUGACUUGUAAGCCUAAUCUUCACAUGGAGAUUCUCACUAUAAAAUCUUGCACGGUGGUCUUUUGCAAUGUAAUCUUCCAUGCAAGAAGAAAAUUGUCGACAGAGAAGGCGUUAAUUGAAGCAUGUUGGGGAGAGUAUUUAAUUCAUAUCAGUUAUAUUAGAGGUAUUUUGAACACAAAAUGUAAUCGUACAGCAAUUAUGAUAGACAAUUACCUCUGUUUAUUAUUUAGAUAUAAUACUGUAUCGCCCAUUCUGACUAAAAAUUUAAAAGGAAUUUAAAAAACGAUAAUUUUUGUAAUGUUUAACUAUCAACUUAUUAUUAAGCAAGUGAUUUUAAGAAAAUUUAUUUAUGCUCCAUAAAUGGAUUGAAUUUCUUUACUUAUUUAUCUUGCAUAUCAAUGUUGUGCAAAUAUGAAGAA